GUACCUCAAGGCCCUUGUAGCGUAGUAAAAGCUUAGUGGGGUAUGCUAUAAAGUACUUUUUAGAAUACUUGAGUAGCAAGUUCUUGUAGAGCAUUGAAGCUUCAAUGUUGAUAAAGAUCCCUGCACUUUUUUUUUGAAUUUUAUUUUUACCAAUCGCUUUUUUUCUCGAAAUGCUUUAGAGUAUCCGGCGACCCUUGUCCAUUCAAUUACCUCUUAAAAACUUCAAAUUGCUGGACUUCAUAAUACCCCCACCACGUCUUCGUCAUACUUUAAUCGUCAAGCCCAUAGAGAAGCUGUGAUGACCAGACCAACAUGCGGGACAGCUCAUGAGAAUCCUUACUCGAAUUGACGGGUCGAUUUCCGGCGCAACUCUCUCCUUUCGACUCUUGCCAGGCUUGAGUUCCACACCCUCGCCAUAUGGUUCAAUAAUACGCCAUGAAGAUAAGGAUGACCUUGGCCAUGGCUUGCUCGUUCCCAUCAACCGCUGUUGUACAUUGGCGCCCCAGAAAAGGCAUGGGGCUUCAUACUCUUUCAUACAGAGAAGAUAUUACAACACCACGGUAGUAACAUGCCGGCGCUUCAUGUCCAGCUACUUUUGCUCAAAUAUGUACCCUAGUCGCAAAUGGAAUCAUACGGCCGCAAGUACUGCUGAACCCAUUGAACCCGCUGAACCCACUGAACCUGCUGAACCUGUCUCGUCAUCCCAAGAGCGUCGAUCAAAGCAUGAGCUCCUCGAUCUGGUUGACCAAUAUGAUGAUACCCCGGUAGAGGAGCACCUUACGUUCCUGAAAGACCCUUACCUGCGAAGAUAUGCCCCCGCCGAUGGCCCUAAUCUUGAGGUAUCGGAUAGAGAGGAAGAUGAGAACCUUCAGUCUGUCGACCCUAGGCAAAGAUUGGAUCCCGAAUUAUCGGAGACAGUCCGAAGGUUGCGAGAAGCUGUGUCUAUUAAGCUCAGGCGUCCUCCAAAAAUGGAGCUGGACGAAAUAUAUGAGCUGUAUCUAUUACUUCCCGAGCCUCGGAUGACAUAUAUAUCAGCUUUUUUAAGACACCAACUGCUCGCUGUGCUAGGCAUGACGGAACGAAAGGAUCCAAAGUCAAUGCUACGGUAUUUUGCUGUAGUGACGGACGUGAAGAACAGCGGGUUUCCCCUGACUUUGAUUGAAUGGAAUACCGCAUUAUCCUUCGCCAGUCGAUAUGUUGGCAGAUCAACCGAGGUGGAACUCGAGGCAGCGCUUCACCUGUGGCGUGAAAUGGAACACGUCGCCGGCAUCCGAGCAUCCGAAGUUACCUUCAACAUCCUCUUCGACGUUGCAUCGAAGGCUAGAAAACUAGACCUCGCCGAGAUGAUCUACCAGGAGAUGAUCACCCGUGGCUUCUCAUUCAAUCGGUAUCACCACGUUAGUCUAAUCCACUUCUUUGGACUUAGGCAAGACACCAGCGGACUGAGGGCUGCCUAUAGGGAGAUGGUAAACGCGGGCGAAGUAAUUGACUCUACUGUGCUUAAUUGCGUUAUAUCUGGUCUCCUAUUAUCCGGAGAGGAAGACUCCGCUUUGAGAGUUUACCAAAAAAUGACGAAUUCGAAUCGGGAGUUAGAGCAUAUACCGGAUCGUGACUAUACGAUGCAGAAAAAUAUAACCAAGGUGCUCAUGAUGUUUGCAAGAAUCGGGAAAACGCACCCUGAUAUGCGCCCAAAUUUUCAGAAAACUGCGUUGAUAUCUCCGGACUUGCAGACGUAUCGCCUCCUCAUCAACCACUUCGGAUGCAGACUAGGUAGUUUGCCAAGGGUCGUACAAUUUCUUGACGAGAUGAAGAUGUUCAACGUCCCAGUCCACGGUGCCAUCUUUCUUGCCAUGUUCAAGGGAUUCGGCAAGCAUGGGGGGCCCGGAUCGGACUGGUCAUCGGAAAGAUUGUUCAGCGUAUGGAAUGCUUUCCUAAGCGCACUGGAUGCUGACUCAGAAGGAUUGCAUAUCAACACGUGGAUGGCAAUGGCUAUCCUCACGGCCUUUUCCCGAUUCUCAUCCAAAGAUCAUAUCCUUGAUAUAUAUGAGACGCUGAGAUCCAAGUGGGACCUAGACGCAACGAACUCACAAUUCAUGAUAGAUUUUUUGAAACGACUCACGCAGCAGGGUGGCUACCGCCCUCGACAUAUGGGUGUAAUUUUAUGAUAGGGGAAACUUGGAUCUGGCGAGAUAGAUAUACAUCAGCAGCUGGGUAGGGUGCCAUCCAUGGAUGGUUGAAUGAUACCAACUUUGUAUGAAAAGUUAAAAGAGGCAUAUUUAUAAUAAUAUGAUGAGAC